CGCCGGGCCGCAGUGAGCCUGCGCUCUCGGUCAGUCAGGAGCUGCCGCUGGGAGCCGGCGGUGCGGGUGUCAGCGCGGGGUGAUGGCGCAGAACGGCCCGGCCGGUCUUAGCAGCGAUGCGGGGAGACCGGAGCCGCCCAGCCGGCAUAGGAGCAGCUCCACGGAGGCACCGCCGCCCCCCGCUGGCAGCCACCGGGAGAGGCUGGGCUCGGUCCCCCGGGCCCGGCCGCGCCUCGACUCGCUCCGGAAGAACCGACCGCCCUUUCCUUGGUUUGGCUUGGAUAUUGGUGGGACGCUGGUGAAACUUGUCUAUUUUGAACCCAGAGACAUUACCGCUGAAGAGGAGCAGGAGGAAGUGGAAAGCUUGAAGAGCAUCCGGAAGUACCUGAUGUCGAAUGUGGCCUAUGGGCAGACGGGCAUCCGCGACGUCCACUUGGAGCUGAAGGACCUAACCAUAUGCGGGCGCAAAGGAAACCUGCACUUCAUCCGUUUUCCCACCCAAGACUUGUCCGUCUUCAUCCAGAUGGCCUGUGACAAGCAGUUCUCCAGUCUCCACACCUCGCUGUGCGCCACUGGCGGGGGAGCGUACAAGUUUGAGGAGGAGUUCCUGACUGUCGGGGGCCUUCAACUUUGCAAACUUGAUGAAUUAGAUUGUCUUAUCAGAGGGGUUCUGUUCAUCGAUUCUGUCGGGUUUAACGGGCAGUCCCAGUGUUUCUACCUGGAGAACCCGAAGGACCCCGAGAAGUGCCAGAAAAUCCCAUACACUCUGGAGAACCCAUACCCGUUGCUGCUAGUGAACAUCGGGUCCGGGGUCAGCAUCCUGGCUGUAUAUUCCAAGGACGACUAUAAGCGGGUGACCGGCACCAGUCUCGGAGGAGGGACGUUUUUUGGGCUUUCCUGCCUCCUGACUGGGUGUUCUACGUUUGAAGAGGCUAUGGAAAUGGCAGCUCUAGGAGACAGCACAAAAGUGGAUAAGCUCGUACGUGAUAUUUACGGAGGCGAUUAUGAGCGGUUUGGACUGCCGGGCUAUGCGGUGGCCUCCAGCUUUGGCAACAUGAUGAGCAAGGAGAAGAGAGAUCUGGUCAGCAAAGAAGACCUGGCCAGGGCAACACUGAUCACCAUAACCAACAACAUUGGUUCCUUAGCCCGGAUGUGUGCAUUAAACGAGAACAUUAACCGAGUGGUGUUUGUGGGCAACUUCCUGCGGAUUAAUACCAUUUCCAUGAAGCUCCUGGCUUAUGCGCUGGAGUAUUGGUCUAAGGGUCAGCUGAAAGCCCUCUUCAUGGAGCAUGAGGGCUACUUUGGAGCGGUUGGUGCACUGCUGGAGUUAGUGACCACAGCGCCCGCUGAAGCCAUAUAAAAUAACAUCCAUUCUGUGCCAAAGGUUUGGUGAAGAAGCCUAUAGCUAAUGUUCCAGUUGUGUAUGUAUAUGUGUGUGUGUGUGUAUAUAUAUAUAUAUAUAUAUAUAAUGUGUAUGUAGGUCAGUGCACAGCAGGGCACAGUGUGAAUAUAAACCUUGCGUGUAUAUAUUUAUUUUCCUUUGCGGAGCCACCUAGAGACUGAUACUGAACCUUGAUCUCUACCUCUAUGCAAUUUCUGCCCUUGGCGUGUGUGUCGCUGUACAGGGUCAUCACUGUAUACGGGGAAACUGCUGAACGACCUCUGAGGGGUUUAUAGAGGGAAUCCAGUGCCACUUACAUAGUUUGCCAUGUUUGAAUGUUUAUAUAUUGUAUAAGGUUUGUAUGUUUUCAUGGCUCUUCUAGAGACCGAAGUCUCUACGAUGCCAGUAUUUUAUUUUUACCAUUUGCUCAUUCUGUUGCAGAACCCAAAGUGUCCAUUGUAUGCAUGUAUUAUAUUGUGGUGUUUUUUUUUGUAUAUACUGUAUAUUUUGGUCCUCGUCGGCCAUACCAAUAUUUACUAGUGACAUAAUGCAGUGUGAGGCAGCGAGUGCCUCAUGCCUCUGCAAUCUCAGUAGUUGAAUAUUGUUGUGUGCAGGUGUCACGUGCUCGUUACUGUCUAUGGGAGGAUGACACGGAGUCUCGCCAUACAUUGUGCCGUGUGCACCCUACAGGAGCCAUAAUACCACCUGGAGGUGGUGGUAAUGUGCAUCCGUCUAAAGCCGUUAUACCGGUGCCAUAUUGUGCCCCGUCAUACACCAGGGACCUUCCUGUGGGGCACAGGGGAGUCUGCCAUAGCGUAUACUGAAACCAUAUUGGUGUGCAGCCGAUCGGUUCACUCCCCAAUACCGGUAACCUGCAUCUAUGGUUCCAUCCCACAGAUGGUCAGCUGCCUCUGUGUGUAGGUGAUGGGUACACAUCACAAAGCGCAUUGGCAGGCGAUAGUAAAUACUUGACAUCCUGUCCUAGAGGAUGUAUGCUGUAUUACCUGAUUAAAGUAGUGCGAUGACCUUAUGUAAUUGUAUGAACCUUUUAUUUGGGCAUUUGCAUAUUUUGGGAAAUGCUGUAUGCACUUAUCUGUACCAAAGAGAAAAGUACGUUUCCCGUCAUUUAUUAAUAUAUCCAAGAGGAGGAGCUUUACCAACAUGCAGAGAUGUGUACAGCGCAGUUCCUGCAAAUAUUACAUUGUCUGUUUUUGUUCUCCUUACUGUAUAGGUUGUGUAUAGUAGUCUGACAUCAUUGUGGUGUCGCAGCAAGGGUUCUGUUACCUCUCAUCUGUGGAUUUGUUAUCGGACGAUAAGAGUUAAUUUCCACCAUUGCAUUAAAAAUAACGAUGAUUGUAUUGGUAGAAGUGCAGCACGUGGAAACUGCGAGGAAGCACCUCCGCAAUACGCAUGUGUGACCGAGCCUCGAACGCUUACACCUCUUGGGAUGCAGGUUGUGUUCUGUCUCUUGUUCUAUAUAAUGUAUAGUAGAUGUCGCGUUGGCAGCGGAAUGGUUUAUUAGCCGGGAGAUGGACUUGUCUCUUAUAUGAAGAUAUAUCCUGCGGUAACUAUGACCAGCUCGUCCUGUACUUCUAAUUACUUUGUCUUUUUAUUACUGGACAACCUUAUUUUAUACAUUUAUAAUAAAAUGACAGCUUGUUUCUGAACGCUAA